GGUGCGUUGAGCUCGCCGCGAACCCAAGAUGGCGGUGUGUGGACGUGUACGGGGGAUGUUCCGCUUGUCGGCGGCGUUGCCGCUGCUGCUGCUAGCAGCAGCAGGGGCCCAGAAUAACCAUGGUCAGGGCCAGGGUCCGGGGGCCAACAUUGGGUCCUUCGUCGGGCAAGGUGGAGGCGGCAGCCCGGCCGGGCAGCAGCUACCUCAGCUGGCUCAGUUAUCGCAGCAGCAGCAGCAGCAGCAGCAGCAGCAGCAGCCGCCGCCUCAGCAGCAGCAGCAGCAGUCUCUUUUCCCGGCAGGCGGGCUCCCGGCCCGGCGGGGCGGAGCGGGGCCCGGUGGGACUGGCGGAGGCUGGAAGCUGGCGGAGGAAGAGUCCUGCAGGGAGGACGUGACCCGUGUGUGCCCCAAACACACCUGGAGCAACAACCUGGCGGUGCUCGAGUGCCUGCAGGACGUGAGGGAGCCUGACAACGAGAUUUCUUCAGACUGCAAUCAUUUGUUGUGGAAUUACAAGCUGAACCUGACUACUGAUCCCAAAUUUGAAUCUGUUGCCAGGGAGGUUUGCAAGUCAACUAUUUCUGAGAUUAAAGAAUGUGCUGAAGAACCUGUUGGAAAAGGUUACAUGGUUUCCUGCUUGGUGGAUCACCGAGGCAACAUCACUGAGUAUCAGUGUCAUCAAUACAUUACCAAAAUGACGGCCAUCAUUUUCAGUGAUUACCGCUUGAUCUGCGGCUUCAUGGAUGACUGCAAAAAUGAUAUCAACCUCUUGAAAUGUGGCAGCAUUCGUCUUGGGGAAAAGGAUGCACAUUCACAAGGUGAGGUGGUAUCAUGUUUGGAAAAAGGCCUGGUAAAAGAGGCGGAAGAAAAAGAGCCCAAGAUUCAAGUCUCAGAACUCUGCAAGAAAGCCAUUCUUCGGGUGGCUGAGCUGUCCUCGGAUGACUUUCAUUUAGACCGGCAUUUGUAUUUUGCUUGCCGAGAUGAUCGGGAGCGCUUUUGUGAGAAUACACAAGCUGGUGAAGGAAGAGUGUAUAAAUGCCUUUUUAACCAUAAAUUUGAAGAAUCCAUGAGUGAAAAGUGUAGAGAAGCACUAACUACACGCCAAAAGCUCAUUGCCCAGGAUUAUAAAGUCAGUUAUUCAUUGGCCAAAUCCUGUAAGAGUGACUUGAAAAAAUACCGGUGCAAUGUGGAAAACCUUCCUCGGUCCCGGGAAGCCAGGCUGUCCUACCUUCUGAUGUGCCUGGAGUCAGCGGUGCACAGAGGGCGGCAAGUGAGCAGUGAGUGCCAAGGGGAAAUGCUGGAUUACCGACGCAUGCUCAUGGAAGACUUCUCUCUGAGCCCCGAGAUCAUCCUGAGCUGUCGAGGGGAGAUUGAACACCACUGUUCUGGAUUACAUCGUAAAGGGCGAACCCUCCACUGUCUGAUGAAAGUCGUUCGGGGUGAAAAGGGGAACCUUGGAAUGAACUGCCAGCAGGCGCUUCAAACACUGAUUCAGGAGACAGACCCUGGUGCAGACUACCGCAUUGAUCGAGCUCUGAAUGAAGCUUGUGAGUCUGUAAUACAGACAGCCUGCAAACACAUACGAUCCGGAGACCCAAUGAUUCUUUCAUGUCUGAUGGAACAUUUAUACACAGAGAAAAUGGUAGAAGACUGUGAACACCGUCUCUUAGAGCUGCAGUAUUUUAUCUCUCGGGAUUGGAAGUUGGACCCUGUUUUAUACCGAAAAUGCCAGGGAGAUGCUUCCCGCCUUUGCCAUACCCAUGGUUGGAACGAGACCAGUGAACUUAUGCCUCCUGGAGCUGUGUUUUCCUGCCUGUACAGACAUGCUUACCGCACAGAAGAGCAAGGAAGGAGGCUCUCACGAGAAUGCCGUGCUGAAGUCCAGAGGAUCCUACACCAGCGUGCCAUGGAUGUUAAACUGGAUCCUGCCCUCCAGGACAAGUGCCUGAUAGAUCUAGGGAAGUGGUGCAGUGAGAAGACAGAGACCGGGCAGGAGCUUGAAUGCCUUCAGGACCACCUGGACGACUUAGCUGUGGAAUGCAGAGACAUAGUGGGAAACCUCACGGAGCUGGAGUCUGAGGAUAUACAAAUAGAAGCUUUGCUGAUGAGAGCCUGUGAGCCUAUAAUUCAGAACUUUUGCCAUGAUGUGGCAGACAAUCAGAUUGAUUCUGGGGACCUGAUGGAGUGCCUGAUCCAGAACAAGCACCAGAAGGACAUGAACGAGAAGUGCGCCAUUGGCGUCACCCACUUCCAGCUGGUACAGAUGAAGGAUUUUCGAUUCUCUUACAAGUUCAAAAUGGCCUGCAAGGAGGAUGUGUUAAAACUUUGCCCCAACAUAAAAAAGAAGGUGGACGUCGUGAUCUGCCUGAGCACCACAGUGCGCAAUGACACUCUGCAGGAAGCCAAGGAGCACCGGGUGUCACUCAAGUGCCGCAAGCAGCUUCGAGUGGAGGAGCUGGAGAUGACGGAGGACAUCCGUUUGGAACCAGAUCUGUAUGAAGCCUGCAAGAGUGACAUCAAGAACUACUGUUCUACAGUGCAAUAUGGAAAUGCUCAGAUUAUUGAAUGUCUAAAAGAAAACAAGAAGCAGCUGAGUACCCGUUGCCACCAGAAAGUAUUUAAGCUGCAGGAGACAGAGAUGAUGGACCCAGAGCUAGACUAUACUCUCAUGCGCGUCUGCAAGCAGAUGAUUAAGCGGUUCUGUCCAGAAGCAGAUUCUAAAACUAUGUUGCAGUGUUUAAAGCAAAAUAAGAACAGUGAAUUGAUGGACCCCAAAUGCAAGCAGAUGAUAACCAAGCGUCAGAUCACCCAGAACACAGAUUACCGCUUAAAUCCCGUGCUAAGGAAGGCCUGUAAAGCUGACAUUCCUAAAUUCUGUCAUGGUAUCCUGACCAAGGCCAAGGAUGAUUCGGAGCUUGAGGGCCAAGUUAUCUCAUGCCUCAAGCUGAGAUAUGCUGACCAGCGCCUGUCUUCAGACUGUGAGGACCAGAUACGUAUCAUCAUCCAGGAGUCUGCUCUAGAUUACCGCCUGGACCCUCAGCUCCAGCUGCACUGCUCAGAUGAGAUUGCCAAUCUAUGUGCUGAAGAAGCAGCAGCCCAGGAGCAAACAGGCCAAGUAGAAGAGUGCCUGAAGGUCAACCUGCUCAAGAUCAAGACAGAGCUGUGUAAAAAGGAAGUGUUAAACAUGUUGAAGGAAAGCAAAGCAGACAUCUUUGUGGACCCAGUUCUUCACACAGCAUGUGCCUUGGACAUUAAACACCACUGUGCAGCCAUCACCCCUGGCCGCGGGCGUCAGAUGUCAUGCUUGAUGGAGGCCUUGGAAGAUAAGCGAGUGAGGUUGCAGCCAGAGUGCAAAAAGCGCCUGAAUGACCGGAUUGAAAUGUGGAGUUACGCAGCCAAGGUGGCCCCAGCAGAUGGCUUCUCUGAUCUUGCCAUGCAAGUGAUGACAUCCCCCUCAAAGAACUACAUCCUGUCUGUGAUCAGCGGGAGCAUCUGCAUACUCUUCCUGAUUGGUCUGAUGUGUGGACGGAUCACCAAGAGAGUGACUCGAGAGCUGAAGGACAGGUAGAGCCGCCUGACCACCAAGGGAGCCACCUGCCCAGGCCCGUGCGGACAGCCGUCCUGUAUAGUGUAUAGUAUCACCUCACCCUCCUCACGGUGGCCCCGACACCACAGUAGAGCAGCAUCAGGUGCCCACCGCAUCUUCCCAUCCAGACUUGGCCAUGUCCUCCGUGUCCUCCUCCUCCCGGGAGGCUGCCCUUGCAGCGUCGGCAGCUGGCUGCUUUGGUGGUAGCUUUUGUUGGCAAAGGUUUACCUGCCUGUAGACAAUUCUGUCAUACCAACAGAACUGCUGGUACUUCCAGAACUGACUCACCUGACCUGCAACUCAAAUUUUUUUUUUUAAAAACAAAGGAACAAAAGACAAAAAAAAUUUUAAAAAGGAAAAAGUGUAUAUAGUAGAGCAUCUCCUUCAGUCUUGACUUGAGCAGUAGGGUUGUUUCUUUCUUGUAAAUGCAGCAGGUGUCAGCAGGGCUCGGAGGAGAUAAUGCACAUCCAGUGCCUGAUCAUUGAAAUGUCUGCUUCCUCUUCUAGAAGCAGCUUUGGGCCACAUCGAGGCAGGGACUUCAGCAAGUAGCGGGGACACUGAGCAGCCUGCUCUAGGGCCUGUUGGCUUCUACUGCAGUGUGAUGCCGUCUCCCUCUAACCCCAGACAGGCCACUGCUACCCACAGUCCCAUAGCAACAGGCAUUUCUGUGAACGCCCAUCUCAGUGCAGACGUGAGCCUCCCUGGGUCAGUGCAAGCCGACUAGGGAGGGAGUAAAGACUGAAGCAGGCGCGCGUGCACAGCCGCAGGGCCAACCGCCAGCUUCCUCCACGAUGGGAUGGAGCUGCUGUGUGGGUCCCUGGAAGUUCUCUACCUCAACAGGAAGUUGUUACUAAGUUGGGGUGUGGGCUUCUAAGAUGAGGGUGAGGGUGGCAGGGCAGGAAGGAACAGGUGUAGGACUCACUUCACUUAGUUUUCUGAGCGACAGUACGGGCCAGAAGGGAUGGCUUCUGAAGAUUUAGCGUGGUCUUGGUGUGACGGGCACUGAAGGCCGAUGUCCUGUCCAUGCCAGGUGGACUCCUUCCAGGCUCUUUUGUCCUCCACACGAAGGCGUGUGCAAGGCGAUUGCAUUAAAAGAUGGAGGGUUUUCUUCGUUCUGUUUUUUUUUUCCCCUUUCUGUUCAUUUGCUGCGGGUACGCACUCUAGUAGGCACUGACUAAAUGUUAUAUUUUGGUGAUCUGACAGCCUUCCAUAGUCUGAGCUUUGCAGGAGCAGGAUCCCCUGCCAUCUUCCCUUACUCCUCAGUGUGAAGAGGACAGGGCUGGAGCGGAGGAGGGAGGAGCCCGGGCACUGCAGUUCCCCGUUGGCGAGUUUGGGCCGUGGUGUCUCAGUGGCUGUACAGAGGGUGGCAUGUACAGUAGGAGAUAUAUUUAUAUAAUAUAUAUUUUAUUAACCUGUUAGAUGUCCACAGAGUAUUAUAAAUCAUGUGCCUAAAACUGUCCAUACAGACCCAGGCCCUGCGCGGUGCCCUCCCUGCGCCUGCCUCCCAUGUACACCCACAGAUGCUGCUGGAGCAGUGUGUCUUCCUGAGAUGUGUUCCGUGCAGGCUGCGUCACUUCCUCCAGAUUACUCCGUGUCUGACCUGACUGACAUUCAUUUGAAUACUGUGGUUUUCUUUUCUGCUGCCUUUUCUGGUGGCAUGGAGUUCCAGGGCUAGCUGUCUGUCUCCUGCACAGGGUAAUAGAAGUCACUGAGGGGAACUGCUUGCUAAGCUACCUGGGCCCUACAUACUGCUUUUAGAGUCUUCCUGAUUCUCAGCAGCUGUCCUGGGAUUCCUGAGUUUGAUGAGACUUAAAACCCCUACUCUGUAAGCAGCAUCCUCCACUGCUAACUGGCUGAGCCAAUCCAAAGGUCCCUCUCUCCCCCGAGAGUCUCUGUGUCACAUUGAUAGCACCAUUAGAUUGAAAUAGAAUCAUAACUCUGAUCCCUGUAGCCUACCUUCUGAUAUGUGCUUAGCACUUCUGUUUCUGCACUGACAAGAAUCCACAUUGCCUGCAGCAAAUUUGGAGGUUUGGUGAGUUUGGUGAGUUUGAUUCUUAAUAUAUUUGCCAUUAGAAAUGGUCAGAAUAGAAAAAAUUGCUACUAGUGUCUUGAAUUGCUUAGUGUAAGGAAGUGACUGUGUUCCUUGGAGUAGUUCUUAUGACUGGAUGGUCCUUUUCUAGUCUGUCUGGGCCCAGGGCUCUCUGUUCUGUAGCUCACUGGGGCUUAGUGCAGUGGCUCAGUGCCGCAUGAGUCAAUCGUGGUAUAAAUUAGAUAGACAUGAACUUGUCACGAACCCUGACCUAUAGUGGGAGCCAGAGUCUGAGCCUUGCUUUGCCCUUCACUGUUCUGCUUCCAUUGCCUAAGAACAGAAGUAGUUAGGAGGGUGUAGGCCAAGGCUUCGGGCACUGCUAAGUCACUGUGGUCCAGUUCAUGCCAGUGUCUUGGGGACUGUUGGUGGUACACUUCCCUUUGCUAUUUCAAAAAUCCUGGGCCUCAGCCAGGGCCAGGGCCUCUGUGGACCAGGAGGUCAGAAAUCUGGUAGUGAGCCAAGAACCAGACAAACUAAAUUUCUUUUCUGAUGGGGCUUCCCGCAGUGACGGGAUUCCAGAAGCAAGACAUUUCUUUUACCCACUCCCUGGGCGUGACCGUUGCUGCUGCUGUGGGGUAUUUUAGCUGUGUGGCCCUGGGAAAGCCUUUCCCCUCUGCAUUCCCAGAGAACUUCUGACCACCGUCUCCAGCCCCUUGCUCAGUCAUACAUCCUUAGUAGGUAAGGGCACCCCAGAGCCACUGAUGAAGUGGCAUUUAGUGAUCAGGUGAUGGCAGAGUACAGUACAGGUACCACCGCUGUCACCUCCUGUUCUUAGGAGCAUGCAGUCCUCUGUCCCAGAUGAGUUGGCAGAAAGUUAUUAACCAACUUUUUAUGUCUUCCUGUUUCCUGAAAUCAACUGAUGGAAGAUGCCCUGAUUAUCAGACACUAGGACUAGGAUGGAGUUGUGCGAUUAGUGUCCUUGGCCUUCCUGAGAGAGCAUUCCUACCCCCUUGUGUGUCAGUGUGACUUCCAGAACUCCCAGCCUCCCUUCGAGGCUGUGGUACCAUUUCUGGACUUUCUGGAAAGAAACCUCCCUUCCAUUCUUUUUUCCCUGCCCCAAAACAAAACAAGCUUUGUCCACUUGCCCCUGGCUCAGUAUCUCAGGAGUCAGCCAGCCCAGUCUGGCAGCCUGCAGCCUAAGGCAGGGCCAGAGAUCCAAAAGAAGGUGGUGGCGUUUGAAUCACAUGCUUCUUGGAAGUUUGUGUUUCAUCUUGUGAUUUUGAACACUUACACAGCUCAGCAUGCCCUUUUGAGACUUUUGCUCUUUGGGCACACUUAGUAGUUCUGAAGAGUAUGGCCUUCAGGGUCCAGGUCUCCUGACCCAUCUCUGCCCCAGCUGGCUUCAGUUCCCAAGGGCCUGUCUUGAUGCUCUGGCCUCCCAUCCUCCAGCUAGCCUUGGUUUGCCAUCUGUCCAGCUCCACUUCUUCCUGGCCUCUCUGCUAAGGAGGGCCAGGAUCACCUGUUAUUGUAACCAAGUCUAAAGCCAAAUUUCCCUUCUUGCUACCCAGACCUCAGACAACAGUGAGUUGUAAGCAAUUAAGAUUAAACCUCAGGGUGACACACUCCCCUGAGCAGUGAGACUGCUGUGUGGUCUUAGGGGCUGCUUGUCACCUAGAACACAAAGACGCAGUUGUCUGUGCAGGCCGGUGGUGACAGGGUCCUGACAAGGGUCUUCUCUAACAUCUUCACCCUCUACCUGGGCACUGAGCACCAGGCAGGGAGAGCUUCCUGGGUGAGGAGACAUGCAGACAGACUGCGUCUCUGUCACGGUUCACCUUUGCCCAGCCCAUGCUGAGCAUGGGGUCCUCAGAGCAUAGGGUCCUUUGCUGGAACAGGUCCCAGUCACUUAGCAGCACCGCAGUGGUAGAGCGCUUCCUGGCAGCUUCCUGCAGCAAGCAGGUCAGCUGCGGCGCGGAGGCAGAGUGUGCAGCACGCUGGGCAGGAGCUUGGGCCUCUAACCUGUUUCUGCUUUUUGUUUUUGUUUUUUGAAAGAAAAGUACAAUUAACAAACCUCUUUUGUAAAUGGAUUUCCUUUCUAUGUAUAAAUUUCCCUGCAGUUCCUUGUUUUUACAUGUUCAUGCUGUGUAAUUUUGAGAUGUUACUGAGAUUCUGAACAUAAUGUGCAUUUUUUUCUGUACAGAUGAAAUGGGAAAAUUUAAUAAAGAGUUUGCAGGUUUGUA